UAGAUGGAGUUCAAGAAUCCACUGGGUCACUAAUUUGUUUAUUGGAAAUAAGUGUUAUCACUUUACCUUAACCUACUGCUUCAAUUCAAUCCCAAAAUUGAAUUAGCUUUUGGGUGUUGCAGACAAAACUAGAGAGAAUCUUUGAGGAAAGAUAUUGAAAUUUGAAAGUACUCAAUUGUAACUGAGUAGUGAGAGCUUGAAGAUGAUGGAAAGAAAGCCCCAUUUCAUCAAGAUAAUUCUUGAUGAUAUUAUCCGUGAUGGCAAACUUCGGCUUCCAAGCAAGUUUGUCAGGGAACAUGGAAAUGGCAUGUCAAGUCCUGUAAUCCUUGAAGUCCCUGGUGGUGCUGUAUGGAAAGUGGAAUUGUUGGAGUGUGAUGGUGAGGUUUGGUUAGAGAAGGGUUGGCGAGAAUUAGCAGAGCAUUACUCUUUGGAGUAUGGUCACUUCCUAGUCUUCAAAUAUGAAGAAAACUCCCAUUUCCAUGUGCUCAUAUUUGAUAAAAGUGGUUCAGAGAUUGAGUAUCCAUGUAAUAGCAUCUUCAACUACAUGGCGGAGCCAAAUCAUGACGGAGAACUCCAAAAUCACAAGGGGGGAAAUGCAGAUGAUAGCUCUAUUAAAAUGUUAGAUGCCCUGUCAUCAUGCCAGAAAAUGGGAGACAAGUUCCCAUUUUUGCAAUCUUGUCAGAUGAGAACUGAUUCAAAUAUGAGUGAAAAACUAAGCUGGUCAUCAAUUCAUGCUUGCAUCACCACCAAUACGCCUAUUAGCACCUUUGGCCCUCAAUCGAGUUUUAUAAAACUUGAAAAAUCAGAUAGUUCUCUGCAAGAACUUGGAGGAAAGUGCGCACAGAAGAUGUGCAUAGGGAGUGCUUGUGAGCAGGCUACAAGUCUUUCAAGUUUGCAUACUUCUUGGGCUCUAGAAGCUGCCAACAACUUUCCCUCAAAGUAUCCAUCCUUCAAGGUUAUUGUGCGGCAAUACCAUUUUCGGCAUUCCAAUGUGAUGCCAUAUCGCUUUUUCACAAGUCAUAUUGAGCGUAAAGCAGAGAACAUAAUGCUUCAGGUUGCUGAUAGAAUGUGGCCUGUGAAAUUGAGAGAACGGUCCCAUACAGUUGAAAUAAAUGGUGGUUGGAGUGCAUUUUCAAGGUCAAAUUCACUAAAAGCUGGGGAUGUCUGUGUCUUUGAGCUGAUUAAGAGUAAUGUACUGAAUGUAAUCAUUUUCAGAUGUGGCGAUCAAUAGUAAGCAUGUCAUAACUGCUAUUUUCUUGGAGCAGCAUUUUCUAGCAAUCCGAGGCACUUAGAUAACUAUGUUUUCAGAAGUCUCUAUUAUCUUUUUCUAUACUCUUGAAUGGGAAAGUAGCUUUUGUUUGUACAUCAGUGUCACCCUGGAAUUGACCUGUUACUUCUGCUGUAGAUUAACCUAUGCACUGUAAAUUACUUCUGUUUUCUGAGUGUGCAUCACUUUUUGCC